AUGGCUACUGGGCCAGUGAUUUCUGCUUACGUUUCAAAGUCUUUAAAAGAAUUUCACGGAAAGCGAUUCAUCGCCUCAAGUCCACUAAAUACUCAUCUUCAUAUAGUAAAUGGAGGAAAUAUAGAAAUGGUUGACCUGUCAAACAGUGGAUUCCACGAAUUCACUGGCGUCAUUGAGGGCUUAACUAAUCUCAAAACAUUACUCCUCUCCGGUAACGAUUUGUCACUGAUUUCCCAGAACUUCUUCGACACUUUAUCUUCUCUUGAAACUUUGAAGAUUGCAACUUGCAAGCUAGACAGGCAUUUCAUCGCCAUGAAAAGCAAACGGUUGAUCUCUGAGCUUGUUUGUCUGAAGAGCAUGGAUUUGUCUUACAACUACUUAUAUAUUUUACCCAAAGAUAUAUUUUACUACAAUCCAAAUCUGGAGGAGUUAAUCCUGGCUGGCAAUAACUUCAAAGAGAUUCCGUUCGACUUGACCACUACGCCUAACCUUACACGACUGGACCUCCGUUACAAUUCUCUAACAUCCUUGGACGCCCAAACCACGCUUGAACUGGAUGACCAAGUUCAGCGUCUGGGCAAGUUUCAAAUUAAACUUGAAGGCAACGUGCUCUCGUGUGGUUGUGAAAGCAUUGGGUUCCUACACUGGAUGAUGGUGACAAAUGUUGAGCUCGAUAACAACAUGAACUUCACGUGCAUCAACAGCGCCGGCGACCUGUCCGACACGGCGCAGUACACGGACCUUGUCGAACUGUGGAGAUUAUGCUGGGGGAAAUCUUUCCUGGCCGCGGCGGUGAUCAUCUUAUGCUUCAUCGUCAUUGGAUUUCUGGCAGUUUUCCUCUUCGUCAAGAACAAAACUCUCAUCUUGUCCACCCUGCUGCAGUUCAUUUGGGGCUUCCAGCUUAAGAAGCGCUCCGAUUACGCGACUGGCGUGUACAUCGGCUACUCUGACAGUGACUACAACUUUCCUUGCCAUGCUCUCAGGGUCUAUUUAGAAAAUACUCUACAACUGAGCACGUACCUCGAGCAUCGUGACCUACUUCCGUCAGCCGACAAGGCCAGCGCCAUAAUCGAAGCGAUUCAUGCCUGUUGGCGCGUCGUUCUGGUGGUCAACGGGAGAUUUUUAAACGGAGACGAGUGGGCGCUGUUCACCAUGAAGUCGGCCAUUCAUUCUCAGAGCCCUUCCAACCCCGCGCGCCUGGUGGUCAUCGUGGAGGACGCCGUCCACCGAUCUCUUCCCAACGAGCUGUUGAGCGUGGUGUCAGAGGAGAAUAUUUUUGUGGUUACCAGGUGGACGCUGGGCACGGAAUUGAAAGAUUGGCUGAAGUUACGAUUGUAUUUUUGA